AUCAAUCUCCCCGAAAUCAAAGCUUGAGAAAGGAAACAAGAAGAUCGUGAAAAUGCUGUACAAGGCCCUGGCACGAGGUGACGCCGACACCAUUGCUAGGGUUGUGGGCCCCGACCUUGAAUGGUGGUUCCAUGGACCUCCGCAAUGCCAGCACAUGAUGAAGAUACUCACCGGAGAGUCGAUGCACACGGAGUUCAAGUUCAGGCCUCGGAGCAUCGUGGCCGUCGGCGACCGUGUGAUCAUGGAGGGAUGGGAUGGAUUCAAGGUGUAUUGGGUGCAUGUGUGGACGCUUAAGGAAGACAUGAUUCUGCAAUUCCGUGAGUAUUUCAACACGUUGCUCACGGUGUUGCUUAGGAUUUCCGAAACUGGAGAUGAGACUCUGGUGUGGCGAAGUGACCCCAGGGAGAUUUCAAAGCGCUCGCUGCCGGACCUUGUUCUGGCGAUCUAGCGGAGGUUGAUCAUCAGGUUCUACGAGAAGCAAGUGUUCAUGGCUUUUGUUGAACUUGGACUAGUAAGUACAUUAUCUAAAGCCCAGUAACUGUGUAAAAUUACGAUCGGUACGUAUAUAUGCAUGGGUUCAAAGGGAUAUAAAAGAUCAGAUGAUAGCUAGAUCUACCAUGAUCUCCCCGUGCGCGUGUCAUGUAUACGCCCAUUUCUUCAAGCUGGACUAUAAGUUGAGAGCAUGAUUUUUUUUUUUUUUUUUUUUUGCUUUUUAGUUUUUUGUUUGGACACUUUGAUCAUCAGUUUAAGACCUUGAUUGAUAUAUAUUACUGUUUCACACCAUUUCUCAUUUUUGUCCAAGUUCAAGGAAACUACCACUCGCAUCGAUCGGUGGUCACGUACUUAAU